AUGUUCAAAUACAUCUCGUCACGAAGAAAUUCAUCAUUAUUGAACAAAAUCAUUAGAAAUCAUUUUGAAAUCUCUCAUGUGAGAUGGUAUUCCAAUUCGGUAAAAUGUACUGAACUUGAUCCAGGAAAUAUAUGGAUCAUUGAUGGAGAUCUAUUUGCUCCGCAAGAAUGUCAAAAUUUGAUUGAACGAAGUGAACAGAAAGGCUAUAAGGAAGCUCCAGUGACAGUUGCAAAAAAUAGUUUUAAAAUGUUAAAGAACGUUCGGAAUAAUCAACGAGUAAUGUUUGAUGACUUGGAAUUAACAAAUCAAUUAUUUUACAAAUAUGGUCCAAACGAAUACUUUGCACCUCAUUAUGAUGGUCAUUAUCAGCGAGAGGAGUACCAAGCUCAAACACUUGACGUAACAUCCAGUCUUGACCCAUUGGUUUGCAUGGAAAAAUCAUUUAUCACUGUCUUGAUCUAUCUCAAUGACGUGAAAGGUCAGGGAGGGGAGACCAAUUUCUUGAAAUCAAAACAAAGUGGGGAGGUGCUGUUUAGUGUGAAACCAAAACAAGGACGAGUUCUCAUGUUCAUGCAUGGUAAUUUACAUGAAGCCAAGGCUUUGGAAAGUAAUGAUCAAAGCCCUCUUCAGGAAUAUAAGUAUGUACUUAGAACGGAUGUCAUGUAUCGAAAAAUAGCAACUCAUAUAAAUUCACAAGAAUGA